UCGUCUUAAAAAGUGAGAGUGAAAAGCGAAGAUGCGGAUUUUCGUGACGUUCCGCCGCGAGCGUCUUACGGUUGACGUGGAGACGGGCGUGACGGUGGGGCAGAUGAAGCGGGAGAUCAGAGACAAGUUCUCCCUGGUGGGAGACGACGGCACGCACGAGAAGAAGUUCCUGGUCUUGACCUUCGCAGGUUCUACCCUCCAGGACGAGUGGGUGUUCUCUGAUAUCGGCAUCCUACCGGGAUCGACCAUUAAAUGCGCCCUGAGGGAGGUGGACGGACCCACUCUGUUCGUCUACACAGCCUUUAACGGCGAGACGGUGACCUUCCUGGACAAGAUAAACUUCGUGUCGGGGACGGUGAGCGAGGUGCGGAGUCUGGUGACGCGCCGCACGGGGCUGCCGGUCGGCAUCUACAGGCUCCUGGCGCCCGGCGGGAGGGAGAUGUUCGACUGUAACAGCCUCGACUUCUAUAAGGUAGAGCUGGGUGCGACGCUGCGGAUGGAGACGUGGGACGGCUGGACGGAGUUUCUGCAGGCUGAGGUUUAUGAUGAUGCUGAUGUUGUUGAUGUUGAUACGUGGGACGGCUGGACGGAGUUUCUGCAGGCCGCCACCGCAGGGCAGGCCGGGAGGGUUCUACUGCAGGUGGCCGAGAACGAGAUGGUGCAGAGGUACCAGUACAAGGUUGCCCUGUACAUCGCAGGACACUACGGACACGCGGACCUGGCCACUUCGGUGCUGAAGUACGGAGCCAAGCCCGACGAGCCGGUCGGCAUGCACCCCUUCAGGGAGUGGUGCGAUCAGGACUCCCACCCUCUGGCCAUCCAGCCCGCUAUCCACCACACGGCAGAGACUGGACAGGUGUCGGUCCUACGAGUGAUGAUCCAAUACAACCCCAGCUGCCUGGCCUGUAAGUUCCAGGGGAAGAACCCACUCUCCGUGGCACUGUUGGCGGGAAAACGCGAGGCUGCCAUCUACCUCAUCAGCAAGUACUGGAGCCCGGUCACCAUCAACAACAUCUCCCUGUCCAUCAACAUGUACGCCAAGGUGCGGCGUUGGGCAGAGGGGUCCAGGGAACGGGUGUUCCUCCAGAAGGGUUCAGUGGCCACGUCGCUGAAGCGGUCGCCCCACAAGGGCGCGCUGGUCGGGCAGGGCGUGAACGUCGACGGAUUCACCUCCAGCCAGAUGACCUCUAAAACGAAAGCUGAGAUGCGCCAGCAGGCCUUAAAGUCGAUGGCUGCAUCCAGCAAACUCCCGCCUAUGCCCGCGCUGACUAGUAGGUUCAGCAAGACACUGCUAACGAUGCACAAAGAGAAGCUAAUCCGGGAGCAGGACGCGGAAUCCGUCACGCCCAAACGCAGCUUCGCCCAGACAGACUCCAGCACUGAGAUGCAGCUCCCAAACAUCCCACCAGGGGGCGCUAAAAAACUCAAACUGCGGGCUCUGCUGGGCAAGAAGGAAUCACCCGUUGCCACCGACGAGUCACCACCAGAACAAAGUGCUGCUUCCUCGGGGGCUAAAAAACUGGCGAUGAAAUUCGGCGCUGCAAAAACUGCGUCAGAAUCGACCAGUGAAGAUGCGCCAACACCCAAACCCGCCGGGGGCCUCAUGGGUAAACUAGCCGGGCUAAGGAAGGCCGCGGACAAGCCUGAAGAAAGCAAACCUUCCCCAAGUUUCGGAGGAAAGCUUCUAGGGAAACUUCAGGACACGUCAGGCGCUGAAGACUCACCGGCAGAGGCUGCAGUACCACCGGCUCCCGCUGCGGGGCGCUUCAAACUGAAAUCCCUGCUCGGUAAACUGAAAGGCGGGCAGAACGCAGAGCCAAGCCAGGAGGAGGGGGCAUCAGGAGGGGCGACCGGGAACUUUAUCGAGACCGGGAAGGACAAACUGCCCCUCCUGCUGCCCAAACUGGGUCAAGGUCAGCCCGAAGGUCAACCCGACGACCUUGGGGGCAAACAGAGGUCAAAGACGGAGGAGCCACUUCCUUUACCUGCCCUAGAAAAGUCGUUUAUCCGGCGGCGUUCUAAGACAGAAGAGAUGCGUAAGAGCACGCUGGCGCUGUUUGAGUUGUACCGCGGGCAGACGGCUCACGAGAAGGCGGUCGGCUGCAUGGCCAUCGCAAACACAUUCAAGGAGAAACCCUGGCUACACCAGGUGCACCUGGCCGUAACCCUGGCCAGACAGAGCGUGCAGAGGUCACUCGAGAAGGGACGCAAGGACAAGAUGGAGGUCAAGAGUUCAUCCUAAUGGGACUUGUACUGCAUCCAGAACCUUUUGUAUCCAGGUUUUGUAUCCAUGGAUAGUCCCUAUUGUAUCCAGAACCAUGCCUAUCUAGUCUGAAUGGGUUAGGAUCAGGCAUGGUUCUGGAUAGUCCCUAUUGUAUUCAGA